CUCGUGCCAGCCAGUCGUGUCUCAGCCUGGGAGUGUGUGUGCGCGCACCGCCCGCCCGGGCUGCCUCUGGCCCCAGCUCCCAAAGCAGCGCCGGGCGUCGCUCCGCUCCGAGUCCUGCUUCCUACUGAGAACAGUCCCUCCCUUGUGCCGGUCGCACCGUUAGCUGGAGGUUCGGCCACGUCAAAUCGGUUUUCUACACAAGCAGUGAGCAGAGCUCUCUCUUCGCUGCCGACGCAGAAAGAAGGAGCUGGGGAGGAAAAAGCUGCUGCUUUUUGCACUGGAGAUUGGUGGGCAAGGCUUCUCGUUUUCCCAGGCUGCCUCAGCUCCUGGGUAAGGAGCGUCCUGAGAGUAAGGAAAGAGCCUGGAAAAUGGAGCAGACGUGGGCGAGAGAUUAUUUUGCAGAGGAUGAUGGGGAGAUGGUGCCCAGAACAAAUCAUGCAGCAGCUUUUCUUAGUGACAUUAAAGAUCGAGGCCCUCCAGUGCAGUCACAGACCUGGAGAAGUGGUGAAAAAGUCUCCUUCGGGCAGACACACCCCUUAAGAGCAUUUGAGAAACCCCCUCAGGUGCAGACCCAGGCUCUUCGAGACUUUGAGAAGCACCUCAAUGACCUGAAGAAGGAGAACUUCAGUCUCAAGCUGCGCAUCUACUUCCUGGAGGAGCGCAUGCAACAGAAGUAUGAGGCCAGCCGGGAGGACAUCUACAAGCGGAACAUUGAGCUGAAGGUUGAAGUGGAGAGCCUGAAACGAGAACUCCAGGACAAGAAACAGCAUCUGGAUAAAACAUGGGCUGAUGUGGAGAAUCUCAAUAGCCAUAAUGAAGCUGAAUUCCGGCGCCAGUUUGAGGAGCGACAACAGGAGACAGAGCACGUUUAUGAGCUCUUGGAGAAUAAGAUCCAGCUUCUGCAGGAGGAAUCCAGACUAGCAAAGAAUGAAGCUGCACGGAUGGCAGCUCUGGUGGAAGCAGAGAAAGAGUGUAACCUGGAGCUCUCAGAGAAACUGAAGGGAGUCACUAAGGACAGGGAAGAUGUACCAGGAGACCAGGUCAAGCCGAACCAUUAUACUGAGGCCCUGGCCCAGAGAGACAAGAGAAUUGAGGAGCUGAAGCAGAGUCUGGCUGCCCAGGAGAGGCUUGUAGAUCAGCUCUCUCAAGAGAAACAACAACUGCUGCAUCUGCGGGAGGAGCCAACUGGCAUGGAAGUACAGCCCAUGACUGAAGAGGUUCUCAAACAACAAAAGCUCAAUUCAGAUGAGACCACUAUAUCUCAGCAGUCUGUAUCCGACUCCCACUUGGUAGAACUCCAGGAAAAAAUCCACCACACAGAAGCCACCAACAAGAUUCUUCAAGAGAAACUUAAUGAAAUGAGUUGUGAACUAAAGUUUGCUCAGGAGUUGUCUCAGAAGCAAGAUGGUACAAUUCAAAGUCUCAAGGAAAGUCUGAAAAGCAGGGACAGUGAGACUGAGGAGUUGUACCAGGUGAUCGAAGGUCAAAAUGACACAAUGGUAAAGCUUCGAGAAAUGCUGCACCAAAGCCAGCUUGGACAACUUCACAGUUCAGAGAGUACCUCCCCAGCUCAGCAACAGGUGGCUCUGCUUGAUCUUCAGAGUGCUUUAUUCUGCAGCCAGCUUGAAAUACAGAAGCUCCAGAGGGUGGUACAACAGAAAGAACGCCAACUGGCUGAUGCCAAACGAUGUGUGCAGUUUGUAGAGGCUGCAGCACAUGAGCGGGAACAGCAGAAAGAGGCUUCUUGGAAACAUAACCGGGAAUUGCGAAAAGCCUUGCAGCAGCUACAAGGAGAAUUGCAGAAUAAGAGUCAACAGCUUCGUAUGUUGGAGGCUGAAAAAUACAAUGAGAUUCGAACACAGGAGCAAACUGUUCAGCACCUAAAUCAUAGUCUGAAUCACAAAGAGCAGGUACUUCAGGAACUUCAGGAGCUCCUACAGUAUCGAGAUAACUCAGACAAAACCCUUGAAGCAAAUGAAAUGUUGCUUGAGAAACUUCGGCAGCGAAUACAAGAUAAAGCUGUUGCUCUAGAGGGUGAUCAGGAUAGUGAAUCCUAUGGAGCUUUAGGAGCCUUACUUUCCUUGCAGCGGGCUAUAGAUGAAAAGUUCUCUGCUCUAGAAGAAAAAGAAAAAGAAAUGCGUCAUCUUCGUCUUUCUGUGAGAGAGCGAGAUCAUGACCUGGAGAGACUGCGUGGUAUCCUCUCCUCCAAUGAAGCUACCAUGCAAAGUAUGGAGAGUCUCCUGAGGGCCAAAGGCCUGGAAGUGGAACAGUUAUCUACUACCUGUCAAAACCUCCAGUGGCUGAAAGAAGAAAUGGAAGCCAAAUUUAGCCACUGGCAAAAGGAACAAGAGAGUAUCAUUCAGCAGUUACAGACAUCUCUGCAUGACAGGAACAAAGAAGUAGAGGAUCUUAGUGCAAGAUUGCUCUGUAAACUUGGACCAGGGCAGAAUGAGAUAGCUGAGGAGCUGUGCCAGCGUCUACAACGAAAAGAAAGGAUGCUGCAGGACCUUCUCAGUGAUCGAAACAAACAAGCUGUGGAACAUGAAAUGGAGAUUCAGAGUCUGCUUCAGUCUGUGAGCACCAGGGAGCAAGAGAGUCAAGCUGCUGCAGAGAAGAUGGUACACUCCCUAAUGGAAAGAAAUUCAGAGUUACAGGCCCUGCGCCAAUAUUUAGGAGGGAAAGACUUCAUGAUGUCCCAAGCACACAUCUCUAACCAACAAGCUGAAGUUACCUCCAACGGCCCUCCUCUUGUAGAGCAGACUGAUCAAAGUUCAAUACAAAUACCCUCCAGAGAUGGUAGCACUUCACUGACUGCCAAAGAGGAUGCCAGCAUACCCAGGUCCACAUUGGGAGACUUGGACACAGUUGCAGGUCUGGAAAAAGAACUGAGUAAUGCCAAAGAGGAACUUGAACUCAUGGCUAAAAAAGAAAGAGAAAGUCAGAUGGAACUUUCUGCUCUACAGUCUAUGAUGGCUGUGCAAGAAGAAGAGCUACAGGUGCAAGCUGCCGAUAUGGAGUCCCUGACCAGGAACAUACAAAUUAAAGAAGACCUCAUAAAGGACCUGCAAAUGCAACUGGUUGAUCCUGAAGAUGUACCAGCUAUGGAGCGCCUGACCCAAGAAGUCUUACUUCUUCGGGAAAAGGUUGCUUCAGUAGAAUCCCAGAAUCAAGAAGUUUCAGGAAACCGAAGACAACAGUUGCUACUGAUGCUAGAAGGACUGGUGGAUGAACGGAGUCGGCUUAAUGAGGCCUUACAAGCAGAGAGACAGCUCUAUAGCAGUCUGGUGAAGUUCCAUGCCCAUCCAGAGAGCUCUGAGAGAGACCGAACUCUGCAGGUGGAACUGGAUGGGGCCCAAGUGUUACGCGGUCGGCUAGAAGAAGUUCUUGGAAGAAGCCUGGAGCGUUUAAGCAGGCUGGAGACCCUGGCCGCCAUUGGAGGUGCAGCUGCAGGGGAUGACACUGAAGAUGCAAGCACUGAGUUCACAGACAGUAUUGAGGAGGAGGCUGCACACAAUAGCCACCAGCAACUCAUCAAGGUGGCUUUGGAGAAAAGUCUGGCAACUAUGGAGACCCAGAAUAUAUCUCUUCCCCCUUCUUCUCCAAAAGGAGGGGACAGUAACAGGUGUCUUCAGGAGGAAAUGCUCCAUCUGAGGGCUGAGCUCCACCAGCACUUAGAGGAGAAGAGAAAAGCUGAGGGGGAACUGAAGGAGCUAAAGGCUCAAAUUGAGGAAGCAGGAUUCUCCUCUGUGUCCCACAUCAGGCACUUGCAUUGGCACUGGGGAUACAGUAUGAACAGGACAGACACAGUUCCUGCUCUCAUGAAGGUUAUCUCCUAUCAUAUGAGCCAGCCAUACAGCAAGAACACCAUGCUGAGCCUUUGCCUUGAGAAUGCAGAGCUGAAAGAGCAGAUGGGAGAAGCAAUGUCUGAUGGAUGGGAGAUCGAGGAAGACAAGGAGAAGGGCGAGGUGAUGGUGGAGACUGUGGUAGCCAGAGGGGGUCUGAAUGAGAGUAGCCUUCAGGCUGAGUUGAGAAAGCUCCAGGGAAAACUGAAGAGUGCCCACAACAUCAUCAGCCUCCUCAAAGAACAGCUGGUGUUGAGCAGCAAAGAAGGGAAUAGUAAACUUACUCCAGAGCUCCUUAUGCACCUGGCCAGGGAAAUUGACAGAAUGAACAUGGAACUGGUUUGUCCUCCUGGGAAGCACCAAUGCCAAGAGGUAGAGGAUGUGACCAUGAGGCCUUGCAGCAGACCCCAGAACCUUGACCUUGGGGCUGCCCUCAAAGUUGAUGCCCACCAACUGAAUAACCAGUCUGAGGCCCAUGACCCUGGGCCUCAGUCAGAAUUUAGCCUCCCAGGGUCCACCAAGCACCUGCACUCCCAGCUGGCACAAUGCAGGCAACGCUAUCAAGAUCUCCAGGAGAAGCUGCUGAUAUCAGAAGCCACUGUCUCAGCCCAGGCUAACCAGCUGGAGAAAUACAGAGUCAUAUUUAAAGAAUCCUUGGUGAAGCAGGACAGCAAGCAGGUCCAGGUGGACCUUCAGGACCUGGGUUAUGAGACUUGUGGCCGAAGCGAGAAUGAGGCUGAGCGGGAGGAGACCACCAGUCCCGAGUGUGAAGAACAUGACAGCCUCAAGGAAAUGAUCCUGAUGGAGGAGCUGUGCUCUGAGCAGGGGCUCCUGAACUCAACACUGGCCAGCUCUCCUGGGAAGAAGCUCUUGGAGAGCCAGCUGGGGAAGCAGGAAGAGUUCCAGGCAUAUGGAAAGUUGGGAGGCAUCUCUGUCCUUCAAAAGGACAUUAAAGAGCUGAAGGCCCAGUUGCAGAAUGCCAACAAGGUCAUUCAAAACCUCAAGAGCCGGGUCCGGUCCCUUUCAGUUACAAGUGAUUAUUCAUCUAGUCUAGAAAGACCCCGAAAGCUGAGGGCUGUCAGCACCUUCGAGGGGUCUUCACCUCACAGUGUCACUGAUGAGGAUGAGGGGUGGCUCUCUGAUGGCACUGGGGCUUUCUAUCCCCCAGGGCUUCAGGCUAAAAAGGAUCUGGAGAGUCUCAUCCAGAGAGUAUCCCAGCUGGAGGCCCAGCUCCCGAGAACCGGACUGGAAGGGAAGCUGGCUGAGGAGCUGAGAUCAGUCUCCUGGCCUGGGAAAUAUGAUUCCCUGAUUCAGGAUCAGGCUCGAGAACUAUCCUACCUACGGCAAAAAAUACGAGAAGGGAGAGGUAUUUGUUACCUUCUCACCCAGCAUGCCAAAGAUACCGUAAAAUCUUUUGAGGAUCUCCUAAAGAGCAAUGACAUUGACUACUACCUGGGGCAGAGCUUCCGGGAGCAACUUGCGCAGGGAAGCCAGCUGACAGAGAGGCUUACCAGCAGACUCAGCACCAAGGAUCAUAAAAGUGAGAAAGAUCAAGCUGUACUUGAGCCACUGGCCCUCAGGCUCAGCAAGGAGCUGCAGGAGAAGGAGAAAGUGAUUGAAGUCCUUCAGGCCAAGCUGGAUGCCCAGUCCCUCACACCCCCCAGCAGCCAUGCCUUGUCUGACUCCCACUGCUCUCACAGCAGCACCUCCUUCCUGUCCGAUGAGCUGGAAGCCUGCUCUGACAUGGACAUAGCCAGCGAGUACACACACUAUGAAGAGAAGAAAGCUUCAUCUGGUCACUCAGAUUCCAUCCAUCAUUUGAGUCAUUCUGCUGUAUUGUCUUCUAAACCAUCAGCAACCAGUGCAUCUCAGGGGGUUAAGGCCGAAUCCAACAGCAACCCUAUCAGCUUGCCAGCCCCCCAGAGUCCCCCCAAGGAGGCCAGCCAGGCCAAGCCAGGCUUUCAUUUUAACUCCAUACCCAAGCUGGUUACCUUCCCCCACGCACCAUUGCCCUCAGCUCCAUCCAGCUGCCCGCCUUUCAGGCCCCCUGGCCCUCCCCUAUUUGGCUGCUGUGAGACACCAGUGGUCUCCUUGGCCGAGGCUCAACAGGAGCUGCAGAUGCUGCAGAAGCAGUUGGGAGAAAGUGUCAGCACUGUUCCUCCUGCUUCCACAGCCACUUUGCCAAGAAACCAUUUGGAAACCAGCUGUUCCCAUUACCUCAACCCUGCCCAGCCUCACUCUCCUCUAAGGGGUACCAUAGAACUGGGAAGAAUCCUGGAGCCUGGGUACUUGGGCAGCAGUGGCCAGUGGGACAUUAUGAGGCCUCAGAAGGGGAGUAUUUCUGGGGACCUGACCUCAGGCUCCUCUGUUUACCAGCUUAACUCCAAACCCACAGGGGCUGACUUGUUGGAAGAGCAUCUCAGUGAAAUCCGGAACUUGCGCCAGCGUCUGGAGGAGUCCAUCUGCAUCAAUGACCGCCUGCGGGAGCAGCUGGAACACCGGCUCAGCUCUACUACCCGUGGAAGUGGUAGGAGAGGCCCAGGAUCCACCACUAACUUCUACAGUCAGGGCCUGGAGUCCAUACCUCAGCUCUACAAUGAGAACAGAGUCCUCAGGGAAGAAAACCGGAGCCUUCAGGCUCAGCUGAAUCACCUUUCCAGAGAGCACUCCCAGGAAACAGAAUGCCUAAGAGAGGCUCUGCUCUCCUCCCAAUCCCGCCUUCAAGAGCUGGAAAAGGAGCUGGAGCAUCAGAAGGUGCAAAGGCAGCAGUUUUUGGAAGACUUGAAGGAGAAGCAGCAGGAGAUCUCGCAUUUCAGAGAGGAACGUCUAUCCCUCCAGAAAAACGACUCCAGGCUACGGCACAAGCUAGCCCUCCUGCAACAACAGUGUGAAGAAAAACAGCAGCUCUUCCAGUCCCUCCAGUCAGAGCUACAGAUCUACGAGGCACUUUAUGGCAAUUCUAAGAAGGGGCUGAAAGCUUAUAGCCCAAGUGCCUGUCACCAAGUCCCUUUGAGCUGUGACUUGAGCCACCUGGUGGCAGAGAUCCGAGCUCUGAGAGGGCAGCUGGAGCAGAGCAUUCAGGUGAACACUCAUCUGCGACUGCAGCUGGAGCAGCAGUUGGAUGGUGGUGCCGGCAAAGCCAGCCUCAGCCACUCCUCCAUCAACCAGAGCUUCCCAGUCUACACUGACCCUGGGAACAAGCAGUCACUCUUCCAAGAUUCAGUUGCUUCCCCUCCUGUCCGGGAUGUUGGCAUGACUUCUCCAGCUGCAGAAUUCCCCAGCUCUUCUUCCUCUGCUCCAGGCUCAGAAGCUGAGAUCUUCAACAGGACAAAUGGUCUAGGUUUGGAAGCUUCUCCAGUAAUGAAGAGCCCUCCCAAGCUGGAGGGUGAUGCUCCUGAUGGCUCCUUUGCCAAUAAGCACGGCCGCCAUGUCAUUGGCCAUGUGGAUGACUAUAGUGCCCUAAGACAGCAGAUUGGGGAGGGCAAACUGCUGGUCAGAAAGAUAGCUUCUCUCGUGAGAGCAGCACGCUCCUUCCCUGGCCUAGAAGCUCCAGGCACAGAGGUGCUGGGCAGCAAGGGCAUCCAUGAGCUUCGCAGCAGCGCCAGUGCCCUGCACCACACCCUAGAGGAGUCUGCUUCCCUUCUCACCAUGUUCUGGAGAGCGGCCUUGCCAAACUCCCACAGCUCUGCUCUGCCUGGCACAGUGGGAGAGCCAAUGGAAAGAGAACUUCUGGAUCUGAGAACCAAAGUAUCCAAACAGGAGAGGCUUCUUCAGAGCACAGUGGAACAUCUGAAGACUGUAACCCAGCAGAAGGAGAGCAUGGAGCAGUUCAUCGUCAGCCAGUUGACCAGGACACAUGAUGUUUUAAAGAAGGCCAGGACUAAUUUGGAGAACAGCAAUUACAAGAUUGCCUCUGUAAAGCCUUAUUCCUGUCCCAGCAAAGGUGAAAUCCCUAAGGGCUCCGCCAUGCACUCCAAUCUUGUGACCCUUGCCUUCCAGGAGCCAUGCAAGAAGCAAAGCCACCAGACGUCCUUAAAAGAGCAGGAAGGAUGGGCCUGCCCCCCUUUCAUGCAGCUACCUAUCUGCUGAGGAGGAGCUGGGCCCCAGUCCUCCAAACCUGCUGGAGAUUCCAGAAGAGGGAGUGAAAGAUGUGCCCUGGUGGUAUGGGCAGAAAGGCAGAAAGGCAGAAAGCCUUCUGGCAAUACCAUUAGCCAAGAUCCACUUGGCCUAGCACUAACCCAAAUACACAUUGUUGGCAGAGGACCUUGUGACACUGCUUCUUAACAAGCCCAGUGGCAGGCUCAGUAGCCACAGCACGUUUCUCACCUCAGCAGCUGUCCUCAGAUGGUCAAGUCAGGAGGAAGAGGACCUUGUGUCCCGUGACUGGGGCACGUGGUCCCAAUACGGUGGAGCUCCUCAGGCAGUUCUAGAAGCACACUACUGAGCAUCGCGGCCCUGCAGGACAGUGUUGGCGGGGGCUCAGCGAGCACUACUCACAGAUGCACACCCUACCCGCCGACAACCUCCCUUGGGUUGAGUCAAGCUGGCCUUCCUUCUGUGCCACCACACCUGAGUUCUUUGCAUCUACAUGGUGAAAGUGGUGACUUCCCAGAUGCCAUUUGAGGCUUAGCCUAGCACCUGCAAUUUCUUUUCUUAUGUGAUCUCCAAAUUAUAGUGACCUCCCUCUACAUAAGCUGUCCCAAUUUGUCAUCCUAACUUCCCUUGGGGGAACUGGGGACUCAUGGCUAGAGCAGACAUAUUAAAAGUCUUGCAUCCAGCAAACCUGCACUUGUUUUUAAGUGGCAUGAGAUAGGCCACCAGCUGCGCUAAAGUCCAGUCUGUGUCUUCACAGUGCUUAUAGGAUGUGUGUAUGUGUGUAUAAAUGUAUGAUAUAGAUUUAUAUAUGUUGCUGUAGCCACACUGAAGGCCGACAUAACUGGUGGACAGGGUGGGUGAGAGGAAAUGACACAGUGUUCUUGGUGACUAUUAAAGGAAAAUGUGUAUAAAAGAA